CGCAAGACGGCCAAUAUAAAAAAAUGCCCUUCUUUCUAACAAGUUUCAACACUUUCAGCCUAACCACCCGCGCCAAUACCGCACAGGCGCCACUGGAGCGACUCCUGACCCGCGCCUCCUCCCCUUCCCACCUCCCCGCCCUCGCUCCCCCCACCACGACGCCAAAGUUCGACGUGCGCGAACUCCCCAGCGCCUACAUCCUGGAAGGCGAGUUCCCGGGCAUCGACGACACCAGCAGCCUGUGCAUCGAGUUCACGGACCGGAGCACCCUGCUCAUUCACGGCCGCCUGGAGCGCGCGGUGACGGAGCCGGCGGCGGAAGCGGAGCGCGGGAAUUACCUCGUCAUGGAGCGCAGCGUCGGCGUCUUCCAGCGCAGGUUCUGGUUCGAGGAGGGGGUCGAGGUGGAGGGUGUCGAUGCUAGUCUGGGCAAUGGGAUUUUGAGGGUUUAUGUGCCGAAGAGGGAGAGGGAGUGAGGGCCGGGCUUUCUUUUCUCUUGACUCCCUUCCUCGUCCCCUCCCCUAUCAUAGCGUUCAGCUUUUUUAUUUUCAUGUUUUUUGUUUGUUUCUGUUAAUCUCGCUGCUUACCUUACUUUACUUUGCCUUUUCGCAUAUGAGCUAUCUUAGACUAGAUCUUCCUGCCCCUUCCAUUUCUGAUUUCAAUAAAAAAAUCUCGCAUCUACCAUGCCUCAGGGCUAACGUUAGAGUUAAACAUG